UCUCAACUCAUUAUUAAACCUACCAGUUUUCCACCUCAGUAGUUGUUAAACUGUUUUGCAAUACAACAUGAAGACGUUAAGUAAUAAUUAGUGAAAAAAAGUAAUUUUCAGACACCUAAGUUGGACCCUGAUUCCUGUUCCUAUCUAUGAAGUAAAAAGUACAAUUUUAAUAAAUCACUAUCAUAGUUUUAAUUCCAACUUUUUUCUUAAUGAGCUUUAACACUUAAUGAUAUGAGUAGGCCUACAGCAAACAAAAGAUUCUGAAAUCGUGUUGCUUGUAACUUUAAAAUGGGGUGUUACACUACUGGGGUCAAAGUCUCUGCAAGCCUCACUGCACUGGACUGUGACUUGCUAAAACGUCACGCUAAACUUGUUACAGCUGUUUUACUCUAGAGCAGAAGCAAUGGAGAUUCCAAUAUUUACUGUUGACGCUUUUACUAAUUUACCUUUCAAAGGUAAUCCUGCUGCAAUAUGUCUUAUAGAGAAUGAGCUGAGAGAUGAUCUUUAUCAGAGCAUUGCUGCUGAGAUGAAUUUAUCAGAGACUGCUUUCAUCACAAGACGGAAUUCUAUGGAUUUCUCCUCAGGUGCCAGGUUUGGAUUACGCUGGUUUACUCCAACAAGUGAGAUUCCACUAUGUGGACAUGCAACACUGGCCUCAGCAGCAGUGCUCUUUUACCUGAAAAAAAAUGUCAACCCUGUACUGGUGUUUGAGACUAUGAGUGGGGAGCUUUGUGUGCGCCAGCAUGAAGAAUCUCUAAUAAUGGACUUUCCCUUAAACAAACCUAACCCCCAGGAUCAACAUGAAAUCAAGGAUCUUUUGAAAGUCGCAGUAGGAGAUGUACCCAUUCAGGAAGUGUGCUACAGUCCAACCACAAGGAAACUGAUGAUUCGUUUGGCUGACACAUGUAGCAGAUCUGAACUUACAUCUUUAAAGCCUGAAGCGGAGGCUCUGCUGAAAAAUGAAUCCACUGGGAAGAUUAAAGGUGUCAUUGUUACCAUGAAGGGAGCUCCAACCGCACAACCUGGAUAUGACUUCUAUUCCCGUUACUUUGCUCCUUGGGUUGGGAUCCUUGAAGAUCCAGUCUGUGGGUCUGCGCAUACGGUUCUUGCUGCCUACUGGUCUGAAAAGCUGAACAAAAAGAAGAUGUUGGCCUACCAGUGCUCCAGUCGUGGGGGAGAGCUAGGCCUGGAGGUCAGGGAUGAUGGCCGACUCAACAUCAGUGGUCAGGCACAGAUCGUUCUUCAGGGAACUCUUAAAAUCUAGACAACCUAUAAAACCCCUCACUGAAUGAGUUAAUAGUUUAAUGGAAAUAAGUCCAUUUUCUUUCGCAAAGAUCUGUUUUUCGUAUACUGAAUGGACAAAUGUGGUUACUUGUGAGCCAAAAUACAAUAAAAAUUAUUUGGUUUUAAAAGCUUUUAAA